GCGCGGGUGGUGGCGCGGCUCGCGGACUGCUCCGUAGACGGCCGCAGUGGCGCAGAGGCUCGAAGGGCGACCUGUGGCAGCGGAGAGUGAUUUGCGGGCUUGUAUCUCAGGGGCGGAGGCUGCGGGCUAGACCGGCGUCUUCCCGAGGUCAGGAAGUCGCAGACCUUUCCACCAGACCCUCCGACUCACACCCUCACCAGCUUCCUUGGCGUCGGACGUCUCCGCCCAGCCCAGACCGGUCGCCGCCCCCAGACUUUGGGGACCUGGGGCACUGCGGCCUCCUCCUGGGUGCUUCAUCCAGAAUGACCUCAGUAUUUAGAUCAGAGACCAUGGAAGUGCUAGAAGAAGAACCGGUGACAUCUAAGACUCAUGAUCAUCAACUGGAAUCGGAUACCAUCCCUGUGGAAGUGUGUAAUAAAUCACCUGCCUCCCUGGAGAUAACUCAAGGCGUUUCAAAGGAAAGAAUUUACCUUGGCUCUAGCCCUAAAGUGGGAGGAAGUUGUGAUCUCAGCCACCAGGAAGGACUUCAGUCCAGGUCCCUUCAUUUGUCCCCUCAAGAACAAUCUCCCGAUCAUCAAGAUAAGAGUCAAUCUUGGAGGCGAGCAAGUAUGAAGGAAAUGAACCGGCGGAAGUCACUGCCUCCCUUUCAUCAGGGCAUCACAGAGCUCAGCAGAUCUAUCAGUGCCAACUUAGCAGAAAGCAAACGGCUUGGCGCUCUCCUGCUUUCCAGUUUCCAGUUCUCAGUUCAGAAACUUGAACCUUUCCUAAAGGACACUGAGGGCUUCAGUCUUGAAAGUUUUAGAGCCAAAGCAUCUUCCCUUUCUGAGGAAUUGAAACAUUUUGCAGAGAGCCUGGAAAGUAAUGGAACUUUACAGAAAUGUUUUGAAGAUUCAAAAGGAAAAGCAUCAGAUUUGUCUCUGGAAACAUCAGUGGCUGAGAUGAAGGAAUACAUAACAAAAUUUUCUUUAGAACGUCAGUCUUGGGAUCAGCUCUUGCAACGAUACCAGAAGGAGGCUGAAGACAUUUCCAGAGAAUCAGUUGAAACCAAAGUUACCGAAGUUGAAGUGGAACCUGCAACAUAUCUUGGGUCAUCCCAGAGUGAAGUCCUUCACACAAAGCCUGACUACCAGAAGAUAUUGCAGAACCAGAACAAAAUCUUUGAUUGUAUGGAGUUGAUGAUGGAUGAACUACAGGGAUCAGUGAAACAGCUGCAGGCUUUUAUGGCUGAAAGUACCCAGUGUCUCCAGAAGGUGUCAGUACAGCUUGGGAAGAGAAGCACACAGCAGUUAGAUCCGUCACCAGCUCGAAAACUGCUCAAGCUUCAACUGCGGAACCCACCAUUGCUCUAGAUCUUGUCAGUGACUUCAUGCAGCUUUCCUGCCAUAAGGUGCUCCAGAGGAGAGAAAUGGAAGAAUGCCCCAGCACAUGGUGAUUGCAUGGUGGUCUGAGCUGGUGAUAGCUGCCCUGUUGCCUUUGAGGAUAACUGGCUGAAUGUAGAGUACUUCAGUUUUUUUCUAAAUGUGACAGAACUUAUGCAUCUGAAAGAGUAGCAUAGAUACUUUUUCCAAGAAUGUGCAAAAUGCUUGCAACUUCUAUUGUGAAAUGACCUUGAGAACUAGUAGUCCAUUCUUUUAAAUAUCCUUCAUGGUCAGUAAUCUUCAUUUUGUGAAGGUGUUUUUUAGGUUUUGAAACAAUCCAGAGUCAUUCAGGACCAAAUCCAGGGACACAUUUUAGGGGUCAAGUUGGAUUCUGGUAGGAAAGGAAUGGGACUGAUUUUCUGGUAUGGCCCUGAAGGUGAUUUCAGGUAGUGAAGUUUUGAACAUUGUUUGCAUCACAUGGCUACGUGUAUCACUUCACACGAUGUCCAAAUUGAAGGAAAUACCGCUUAGUCUCUGUCCUGUUAUCUACAGUGUGCUUUAGCUUUUAAUAUUGAAUUGAUAUCCUAAAUCCUGGAUUCAUAGCACAAAGAGGCUAAGUACUAUUUUUCAUUGUUCUCUAUUUUUAAUAAUUUGCAUUAUAAAAUUGCACAUUAUUAAAAGCUUUCUUUUGUCUUUGUGUA